AUGAAGCUUAACAUCUAUUUAGCAGUGCUCAUGUUGGCGAUUGUUGGUGAAAUAUGCAAGACUAACUACUAUAUGGUUGAAGCAUUUCGUAUUAGAUAUGUUGAUUGUCAGACAUAUAAUUCAUCCUAUGUUGAAUUCACUCGAUGUGAAAUGAAACUUGUUCGUCGAGGCAUUGCCGCUUUUUAUAUGAAUGCCAAAUUGAAGCAGAUUCCAGUUAAUAGUGCUGGCAUCAACUUGGCUCUUCAUAAGAAAUCAAACGGCUAUCAGCCAUUCUUAUUCAAUCAGAGUCUGGACUAUUGCUACUAUAUGAGAAAUCCAAGGGAUUAUCCAUUCAUUCAUUCAUUUCAUAAGACAUUCAUGUCCAUAUCGAAUAUAAAUCAUUCGUGCCCCUACGAUCACGAUUUGAAAGUCGACCGCAUGAUAUACGAUAAAAAUUCAUUAAAGGACUUUCCCAUACCAAUUGGUGACUAUAUGUUACAAUUACGAGUGGCCACCUAUAAGAUUUGGCGGGCCGAAGUAAAGAUCUAUGUAACCAAGGAUAAUUGA